GGUUAAUGAUACGUCACGAAAAAGUAGAAGGAACUAAGAGCCAACGUGGAUGUAAUUAAUCGGCAGGUGGAGAUUUGAUGUCUUGUCCCGGCCUUGCCUACUAGGCCAUCUGAGAACGACAGAUGGUUUCCGAACCUCCAAAACUGGUUAUCCUCACUCUAACUAACAUCUGUCAUGUAAGACUGUUAAAAACCUAUAGAAAAGAAUGCUAGAGUAACGUCACAGAAAUUUUGUCCUGGUAAAUAGAAAAAAACUCAUCGGAAAAUAUAAAAAAAGGGGAGAGAAAUUGUAUUAUUUAAACGAAUCGGUACAUUUAACCGACGUACAGAGUCCAUUUUUGCCGAUGUUAUUAACUAACCAUAUCAUUCUCUUAUUGGAUAAUGCACAGAGGUAAGAAACUCUCCCAUUGGUUGAAAUGUAGGGAUUGAUAGACGUCCAGACCGCUUCUCAGUAGGUGUGCUGCACGCUGCUGGCUUAAACCGUGUGUCGAGUUGUGUGGAAUACGAUUUUGUUAGUUAUGUCUGUGACAAGAACCGAUCAUGUCCCAUGAGUGCAGGUAAAGUUUCAGGUAUUGCUUUAGCUAUGACAAGAGUGGGGAACUGUAAUGAUCAGCCAGUGGGUAAUCAAAUUUGGACCAUACCGACCCUAUUCACUUAUCCCGGAGAAACUCGCACCAGCGAAGUAUAUAAAAUAGGUGUCGACAAUCCCGCCUACUUCGACAGCGAAUGUCAGAGUGCGGAUCGAGAUUCGGCCGUGGCCACGGUGGUGACCACACCGGCUAAAUUAAAAAAACAACCGUGGCUGAGAUUAUGGAAAUUGAGUUUUAUAAAAAGCGAAAAAGUUCGUCAACGUCGGACGUUGGCUCUCAUGGUCAUCUUCGUCGUCAUCCUCAUCGUCUUGGUGGUGGCCGUCGGUCUGGCUAUUUAUUUAUCCAUGAGAGACAUGGGAUGGAGUUGGCCCACGCAAGAAGAGAGAUCGACAGAAAUCGAAGAAAACUGGGCCGUUGCAGGAAACUUUAGAAUAACGAACAGGGUGUACACGCCGGAUUUAGCCAAUCCCACAAGUCCACAAUACAUACGUUUAGUGGCAGAAAUUUUACAGUCGUUGGAUGACAUGUUCCUGCAAAGUCCUUUAGUCAGAGAUUACAAUACUAGCGAAAUCGUAAGAUUUAGUGAAGGAAGUGUCGUCGUCGAUUGCCAUAUAUUUCUGAAUAGACCCAUCGAUAACAUUGCUCAGAAAAUAGGUUUAAUUUUUGUACGAAAUUUGGAAAUGGGCCAUGGCACGCUUCCUGCCGGAACUUUAAAUGUAGAUAUACAAACUAUACAAUUUGUUGGAAUAAGAGGUGUAAUUCCAACUGUAACUCCGCCAACUCCUAUUUCCGAUGCUGCGUGGUCCCAAUGGAGUGAAUGGUCGUCUUGUAUGGAUUUACAAGGAAGAUGUGAUCCAAAGAAUGUUCAGAGUAGGUCUCGCGAAUGUAGAACUAUGAAUGGUAGAGGGACUCGUUUAAUGAAUAACAUUCCUUGCCAAGAAUCCGGCAAAAGUCGAAAAUUAGAAAUUAAAGAAUGUUUUUGCGAAAUUGCCGAUUCGACCACAGUCAUUACAACAACAACAACAACAACCGAACGACAAAGCCAACCAACAACAAAGCCAUUGCUACAAAUUCGUCAACCGUGCAGCGUGUGUCCUGAUGGCGAAGUUUGCCUUCUAGCUAUUGGAGCAUCCGAAGCUUAUUGUGUUAAAACCAAAGAUCCUACGGAUCCACGUGGUUGUGGCGGUUGGUGUUCUGGCAUUCAUGAAUUGUGUCGUCAGCUAAACAAAACAGUGUUUCAGUGUAUUGACGACUCAGGAACUGAAUCGACAAGAAGUCACCUGAAGGCAGGCAUUCAAGAAUGUUUAGAAGGUGAAUGGAAGUGUGCCAAUGGUUUGUGUGUUCCCAGCAAGAGGAGAUGUGAUGGACAUUUCAAUUGUUAUGACAUGACAGAUGAAUACGAUUGCGAAUGUGGAGCAGAUCAAUUCCAUUGUGGUAACAAGACCUCUUGCCUUCCUGUAUCCAUGCGUUGCAAUGGUUAUAUUGAUUGUUGGGAUGGUAGUGAUGAAAUCAACUGUACUGUGUCUUGUCCAGAUGGUCAAUAUACAUGUAAUGAUGGCCAGUGUAUACCAAAUAAGUACUUCUGUGAUCGCUUCGUCGAUUGUGUCGAUAAAAGUGAUGAGCCGGAAGGGUGUGAUGCCAGUUGCACUAUCAGACAACAUCAGUGCGACAACGGACGGUGCAUUAACACGGUGAAUUAUUGUGAUGGUGUAGAUGAUUGUGGUGAUGGAAGUGACGAAGAGAACUGUAAAACUUCUGGUACUACAGUGGCAAGCGGUGUCUCUGACGAACACUCUUUAUCCGCAAACAAUAGGACAAAAAAUAAUGUAUUGUUAAAGACAUGAAAUAACACAUGAAAUUUCUCCAAUCGGUACAGUAUUUUUCAUACGAUAAUUGUUGAACAAUUAUUUCCAAAGAAUGAUUAUUCUAUUGAAAAUGUUGAAGAUUCCAAGACCUGCAGCUUAUUUUAAAUGGAAGAGUUUAAAAUAUGUGAAAUCUCCAUUAUUCGAACAGAUAUAAUUCAUCUGCUCCACUAUUAUAACUAUUUUUAGAAUAUAAACAUAAUGAAUUGUGCUAAAAUAUCAUUCAACAAGAAAUAUAUUUAAAUAUGAUAGAACAUUUUGGGAAAAAUUAACUUUUGCAAAGAAAGAAAAUGAAAAUCAUCUUAUUUUUAUAAAAUAAAUGGAAUUAACAAGAAUUUUAUAAAGAAAUUAAAAAUUACCGAAUUGCCGAAAGAUUUUAUAGCAUUGUUAAAACAUGUAAAAUAAGUUUCCGGUGGUUUAUUUCGUGUAGAUAAUUUUAUAUGUUGUAUAUUUGUCAAUUUCCGUCCCACGAUCACAAAUUUGUUUUUAAAUCAUAACAUUUAAAUUUGACAAAUACAUAAGUAUAUAUAUAACAUUGUUGCACAUGACAUGCAAUAAAAGAAAUCAUUAAAUUUGUAACAUAAAAACAUAGAUUUAUAAAUCUCUAUAUAGAAACUGAUAAUUUACAUCAGAUUCAUAAAUUUAUAACAUUUAAAACAACCAUAGUUCACUUUUUGGUCUAAUUUAUGUCAUUAAAAUUAAUAUAUUUAAGCAUUUUUCAUUAGAAAUAUUAAGGUAAAAACUUUCUUUAGAAAAAAAAAUGCUUGAAAAAAUUUAUGUAAAUUUAUAAAAAUUAACUUUUCUAU